GCGCGCAUGCGGUGACGUAGCCCAGUUGCAGCGUGCUGUAACUCCAGGGGUUCGCUCAGGUAGCACCUGCACCGUAGCGCAUAGAUCUGUACUGUGUUUCUUGAGCGUUGAACCUUCCGGGCUUUCGGGAGCAGGACGCUGAGGAGAGGUCCUGAAGGGACGGCCCGGGGCUCAGAAGGAGCACCUGACGGCAGGACUGCGCGAGUGAAGAGGGCUGCCCCAGCAGACUGCGAGCCACGACCCGGCCGGCCACACCAUGCUCGGGGCCCGGCGCCUGCUGGGCGCGCUGCGUCUCUGCUCCUCCGUUUCCUGCCCCAGGCCCCGCGCAUCCGCCAAACUGCGCGUGCGGGACGCCCUCGGGGUCCAGGACGCGAGUGGGGAGUGUGUAACGGUGCAGGGAUGGAUCCGUUCAGUCAGAUCCCAGAAGGAAGUUCUGUUCCUGCAUGUCAAUGAUGGAUCCUCUUUGGAAAGCCUUCAGGUUGUUGCUGAUUCGAACUUUGACAGUAGAGAAUUGGCUUUUGGGAGUUCCGUGCAAGUCCAAGGGCAGCUGGUCAAAAGUCUAUCCAAGAGGCAAAAUGUGGAACUGAAGGCAGAAAAAAUUGAGGUGAUUGGAAAUUGUGAAGCCAAGGCGUUCCCUAUAAAAUAUAAGGAGAGGCAUCCCCUGGAGUACCUGAGACAGUAUCCUCACCUGAGGUGUAGGACUAACACUCUGGGUUCAAUAUUGCGGGUUCGCAGUGAAGCCACAGCUGCUAUUCAUUCCUACUUUAAGGACAAUGGCUUUGUGCACAUUCAUACCCCAGUAAUCACAUCUAAUGACUGUGAGGGGGCGGGAGAGCUUUUCCAAGUGGAGCCUUCAAGCAAAAUGAAGGUGCCCGAGGAGAACUUCUUCAAUGUUCCUGCUUUCUUAACUGUCUCAGGACAACUUCACCUCGAAGUGAUGUCAGGAGCUUUUACCCAAGUAUUUACCUUUGGCCCAACAUUCCGAGCUGAGAAUUCUCAGAGCCGGAGACACUUGGCUGAAUUUUAUAUGGUUGAAGCAGAGAUUUCUUUUGUUGAAAGCCUUCAGGAUCUCAUGCAGGUCAUGGAGGAACUCUUCAAGGCUGCCACUGAGAUGGUUCUCUCAAAUUGUCCUGAAGAUGUUGAACUGUGCCACAAAUUCAUAGCUCCUGGCCAGAAGGACAGACUAGAACAUAUGCUAAAAAACAACUUCCUAAUCAUGUCUUAUACAGAGGCGGUUGAGAUCUUAAAGCAAGCAUCCCAGAAUUUCACCUUUACCCCCAAGUGGGGUGUUGAUCUGCAGACUGAACAUGAGAAGUACCUGGUGAAACACUGUGGCAACAUACCAGUCUUUGUCAUUAACUAUCCAUUGGCUCUCAAGCCUUUCUACAUGCGGGAUAAUGAAGAUGGUCCUCAGCACACAGUUGCUGCUGUUGAUCUUCUGGUUCCUGGAGUCGGGGAGCUCUUUGGAGGAAGCCUCAGGGAGGAACGGUACCACAUCCUAGAGCAGCGACUGGCCAGAUCUGGACUUACGAAAGCCUACCAGUGGUACCUGGACCUUCGUCAGUUUGGAUCUGUGCCACAUGGAGGCUUUGGGAUGGGAUUCGAACGCUACUUACAGUGCAUCCUAGGAGUUGACAAUAUCAAAGAUGUUAUCCCUUUUCCAAGAUUUACUCAUUCGUGUCUUUUGUAGCUGAAAGACUGUUUAAGGAAAGAACUAUAUGGAGAAGACUCUGCACAUGAAUAUACAUGUAGAAGACUGGUGCUUGCAUUUUAGACAUGUGGAUUUCAGUGCACAGUUCUUGUGCUGUGAGGUUUAAUAUACGAAAAAUAGAAAUGGUCUUGAUUUUCUUAAAAAGUCAAAGGCUUUUCAUGGACAAAUAAACUCCCCCAAGAAGAAAUACUCAGAGCAACUGGACUUUCAAGUCUGUUACCUCAAUUAAGGGGGAAUAAAACAGAGUAACUGGGCCUCUUGUCCAGCUGCAGGAGAAGCUGGCCCAGGGGAAUAUCUUGAGCCUGGGUAGCAUAUCAAAAAAGAAAAGAGGAAGACAUUGAAGUGUAGGGCCUCCAAGUUCCUCUCGGACUCCAAGACGGUGGGAAUGUCUCACCUUGCUGUCUUUCAUCAGAAGCUCACUUCCCUUUGUAUUUCCUUAAAGCAACCAGUGGCCAAAAGUAAGAUGAUGCUGCCUCUCUCCUCCCUUGCCAUUUAAGCUGCAGUAAAUACCAAUCUUGUUCCCAGUGCUUUACUCAACUUUAUUCAAGAAAAUAUUCCUUUUCGGGGUCUGAAUGGAUUACUGGAGUUGCUGUUCUGAAUUGUAACAUUCUUCGUUAGGUAGUGGAAAAAAAUCACAUUUCAUAACUGUUGAUCUUUAGUGAUAAAAGUUAAGGAGAGAUCAUUAAUCAUUUAAACUCUUCAGUCCACUCUUCUAGCUCAUUUAUAUUAUAUAUUUAUAAAUACUGUAAUAGUCAAUAAAAGUGGUUUUUUUUUUCAUUGA